UGUUGUCAUAAAAGGGAGGGCACGGUAAUGCAUUUCACUGAAGUACAGCCACACAUCACCAUGAAGGCUUUCAUUCUCCUGGCUCUGUUCACAGUCGCAUUCGCUGCCCCCCUGGAGGAUGAGGAUGACAAGAUCGUGGGGGGAUACGAGUGCAGGAAGCACUCGGCAGCCUACCAGGUGUCCCUGACCUCCGGCUACCACUUCUGUGGUGGCUCCCUGAUCUCCAGCACCUGGGUGGUCUCUGCUGCUCACUGCUACAAGUCCCGCAUCCAGGUGCGUCUCGGAGAGCACAACAUUGCUACCAAUGAGGGCACAGAGCAGUUCAUCAACUCUGUGAAGGUCAUCAAGCACCCCAGAUACAGCAGCCGCAACCUGGAUAACGACAUCAUGCUGAUCAAGCUGAGCAAGCCCGCCACCCUGAACAGCUACGUCCGCGCCGUGUCCCUGCCCUCCAGCUGUGCCGGCUCUGGAAGCCGUUGUCUCUCUGGAUGGGGAAACACCCUCGCCUCUGGCUCCAACUCACCCGACCGCCUGAUGUGCCUGGAUGCCCCCAUCCUGAGUGACAGCAGCUGCAAGAGUGCCUACCCUGGACAGAUCACCUCCAACAUGUUCUGUGCUGGAUUCCUUGAGGGAGGCAAGGACAGCUUCCCCUGCCAGGGUGACUCCGGUGGCCCCGUGGUGUGCAACGGGCAGCUCCAGGGAGUGGUGUCCUGGGGUUAUGGCUGUGCCCAGAGGAACAAGCCUGGUGUCUACGCCAAGGUCUGCAACUACAACUCCUGGAUCAGGAGCACCAUGUCCUCCAACUAAACUUACAUUGUUUCACUGUAACUUUUAAGAAAGGCAUGCCAAUAAUAAAGAUUGUUCUACAAAAGGUAAAUGUGAUCUCGCAGGAUCCUUAAGUCACCUCAC